CUCCUCACCAGCAGGAGGCGGUACACGUGUUUUUAAUCUGCACCCCUCUGACGUCAUGUUGACUCGCUGGUGACCCGGAUGUUGAUAGGAUAUUAAAUUCGGUAUUUUCCAGGUUACAAUGAAGACUUGUUAGCUUUAAUCAGGCUUCAUAUUCUUUAAUAAUAACAAAACUAGACGCCCAGAAAAUAUACCAAAGUGGUGUCUGAGAUUCACCCUUAAUACCGCCUUUAAUCAGCCAGCAGAACUAAACAUUAUAAACAUUAUAAACAGUAUAAACAUUAUAAACAUGUCUCAAGAAGGAUAUCAACCAGCACCAGCAGCAGCGAACACCAGCGCAGACACGAGCUUGAAUUCACAAGAAUCGCAGAGGAUCAACCCCGGAAAGACACCUAUACAAGUCCUGCAUGAAUAUGGCACCAAAAGUGGCAACCUCCCUGUGUAUGUGAUGGAAAAGGCUGAAGGAGAGGCUCACCAGCCCAGCUUCGUCUUCAGUGUGAAAAUCGGAGAAGUUAACUGCACAGGUCAAGGUCCUAGUAAAAAGGCUGCUAAACACCAGGCUGCAGAGUCUGCCCUGAAUAUUCUGCAGAUAGACGCUGGAACAAUGAUUGUUCCUGUGAAGUCUGAGAGCAACGGUGUUGUAGCAGAAACAAACAAUCAUCCCAACUCAGUGGGGAUACUGCAGGAGUUAGCAUUGCAGAGAGGAUGGCGUCUUCCCGAGUACACAGUUUUAAUGGAGGCUGGUCCGCCACACAAGAGAGAAUUCACUGUUACUUGUCGAAUGGAGUCCCUGUCAGAGAAAGCUUUAGGAAAUUCAAAAAAGGCGGCAAAAAAGGCAGCUGCAGAGAAAAUGGUGUCAAAGCUUCAAAGUCUAUCAGGCUGUUCUGAAAUCACAUGGACUCCUAAACCAAGCGUCCGAUUUGAGAACUUGAGGAACUCAUCAUCGGAGAGUAUAUCUUUACUGAGAAGAAACCCGCUGAGCAUUCCCAACACAGAUUAUAUUCAGAUGAUGUUGGAGCUGUCCAAGGAGCAGGGCUUUGAGGUCACAUACUUCGAUAUUGAUGAGCUGACGGUGAACGGCCAGUACCAGUGCCUGGCGGAGCUGUCCACCUCCCCGGUCACCGUGUGCCACGGCACCGGCAUUUCCUGUAGCAACGCUCACAACGACGCAGCACACAGCGCCCUCCAGUACAUCAAGAUCAUGGCCUCCACCAAGUAAAACCAGCAUCUGCCUCACCUGUCUUGUCACAUUAUAUCAGCUGAUGUGCAGUCAUGAUGAGGCUGUCGGUCGUUCCUCCCACUAAUCUUCCUGCCAGUGGACGAUAUGAGGUCAAGGUAUAUUUUUAUAAUUAUCACAAAGCAGAUGCAACAAUAACUCAACGUACAUUGACUUGAAUCAGGCAACUAUAGAGCAGUAUUUGUGAGGUGACUCAAUAUUAACAAUCAACUAUAAAUGAAAUGUUGUCUUCAGGUUGUUAGAUUACCAUCAUGUUUUACUUGAGAUGUACUGUAUUUAAGCAAAUGUACAUGUGUAAAUGAGAUAGGAACAGUGAAUAAUAUGAAGCACUUCCACAUUACCUUUUUACAUGUUUAGUUUAAACUGUAUUUAUCCACUUGUUUUGUGUUUUAAUGGGAAUGUUUGCCUCCUUUUUUAGUCAGGAUGCAGAUGUUUUUAGGUUCCAGUUGUCCUAAUUUAUUCUUUUUAUUCCAGUUUCCCCCCCUGUAGCAAUAUAUUGAGCUGUAUUGAGCCAAUAGAUGAUCUUAAACUUUUGAUUUGCUUCAGCCUUUCUGUUAAACUCUAUAAUGAAAGUGAAUUGUAAAAGAGAGAUUAUUUUGACUUGUUAUAUUUGAAAGGAUGGUCUGCAUUUUGAUCCACAGAUAGGUCCAAUUAGUUUUUUUUCCCUACUUGCAAUCUCCCAUCUGUCCGUAAGCAAUCUACAGUACAACCCCUGCCGUCUGUAUCUGGUUAAUUCAUAUUCCCAUCAUGCUGGUUUGUUGCCAUUUUUUUUGCAGUGUGCCUCAUAGUAUCGUGUGAUAUAUUUAAUACAUUUACUGACUGCUGUUCUCUGCUGUAUGAAUGGAUCCAUGGUGGAGAGCAGCAACAACAACAACGUGUAUGAAUCCUGAAAAUAAACCCAAACACUAAAUGUUAA